AUGGCCUCGUUUGGAGUUCGAGGAAUGAGCCAGCCCCUGGGCAUACGCAUCUGCUGUUGUCGCGUAUGCACUUGCAUCAAUUUUGGAUUUGUUCUAUCACGGAUUGGCCUGCUGAAGCUGAUGCAAUUGGGUCUGGCCAUGCUCUGCGAAGGUCUACUUAUCCGUUAUGGUGUGCCAUAUGCCGAUUCCAUUGGUCAGGCGUUAACCAGCUUUCUGGCCACAACUGGUCACUGCUUCACCACCACGGGCAUUCUACUGCUCUGCUACGCCUUCUCCGACAAAUCCUACAGCCUUAUCCGACAGUCCCUAUUUGAAACUUUGUUUAACGGACUCGCCAGCUGCAUGUAUUUUAGUUCAGCGAGUUACAUGGGUUUCGCCUGCGUGGUGUGGCUGCAUCCACAGUUCCUCGUACGACCAGGAUUCUGGGCAUAUCCGGCAAUGACAGCCUGCUACUACAUGGGCUAUGCCGCUGGCAUUUUGCAUGCCCUCGAUGCUUACCUGGCAUUUCGGCACUUUCGUGGGGCACGCUAAUCCCCGCC